AUGACGACGCAUCAGGAGAUCGUCAGAAUCAUUACUGACAGCGAAUGGGGGAUAAAAGUUCUUGGUACAUCUGUUCUGCAGCCUGAUACUGGUACUAUCUUGAGACAGACAAUCUCUGAGACCUGGUGGACCUUUUCUCAACUCGAUAAAGACCCAAUUCCCUCUCGCGCCAAGCCAGUGACACUGAUUCAUGGGGCAUGUCCUGGUCGCGAUACCUUCUCUAGCGAAACAAACUGUACACAAGUUUGCACCAAUCCAGACAGUUUGUUCGCCUCGUGGAAGACGCUAUGGCAGUGUCUAUCCCUUGCCGCCUUGACAAUUGGAAACGCGACAUUCUCUGACAGUCUCAAACAACCGCAUAAAGAGCUGGGAGCGUUAUCUCCGAGUGUCCAGAUCAACGAUGCUCUUUGGGAGUUUGGUAUCCUCUACGACAGUGAUUUCGAUGGUAGAGAAGUGCUUAAUCUUACAUACCAAUGCGCUGCUGCGAGUUGUCGUGAAAUGAGCAUGGGCGAGUGCUCAAUCGGUCAACUUGAUGCAGGGUUCUUCCAGAGCGAGAACCUGGAGUGGAUUGAAAUGUCCAAGUCUCUCCAGUUCUUAUGCAGAGGGCUGGAAAGUGACAUCAACAUUGACAUCGCUGGUCCAGGUGUCCUUAUCACAUACAUAACGCAAACUGCAAUGGCCGUGUUUGCGUGGCUGUUCUUCCUGGUCCUUGCAGCCAGCAAUCUCAUCCAGAAUUCAAUCUCGAUAUUUAGCCGCGUUUUUGGUAAAAAGAACUUGGGCUCUGAUGUUUUAGCCCGUCGCGAAUCAGUCUUGGAGUUUCUUGGGCGAACGAACCUAGCCCACGCUACCAGCACCUUUCUUGCAGAGUUCCACGAAGCACAGUGUUUCUUCGUCGCCGCGAUAGAAAUAGCUCUGAUCAACGCUAACUCACGACCGGCCAUCUUCACGGGCGCGGAUAACUGGCAAAGCCUUUUAUGGAAUCGCGACAGUGUCCGGUUCCUCGCUGGAAUGGGGGUGUGGCCCAUCAUCCUUGCUCAGAUAUCACUCCGUCGAGCACAACUUAAUUCAAUGUACUAUCUGCUUCUCUCUACAAUUGCGGUGGUGCUUGCAGGUGUUGCAGCAGAUACGGCGUCAAGACCUGAUCCUGACAGUAUCUAUAAAAUGUUUAAGAAUUUGAAUAACCUGGAAGAGUGCGGCGGCCACCCCUCGCUUCGCACAUUUUGUGUCGACCAACGAGACGGCAUCUACUGGGUCGUGUUUCCCGCAGAAAUUAUUUAUGCAUUCCUCGGGCUGCUCGCUAUUUUAUGGUGGAUCAAACUCUGGGACCUCAUCGUCGGUUCAUCGUGGUUUAUCCAGAGGCACAAGUCACUCUCAAAUGAACAGCAUGAACAUUGGGAGCGCUUGAAACGAAUCGCAUUUGGAUUCUCCCUCGCUUUGAUCCACGCGGCAGAAGUGGGAGUCUUUGUUUGCAUGUGCAUCGGGCUCGUCGCGAUUAGGGGACCGUUAUUGAACCUACUUCUCAGAGGAGAGUCGGGCACUUGGAGUGUCGGACAACUCGUUGCCGUUCUAAUCUGGGCGCCUGUUAUCUCAAAGUAUGCGCAUCUAGUCAUACUUGGUGUUGAAAAGGGUUUCAGGCUCCGAUUAUCAAGAGCUUUCGAGAUUGUCAAGAAGCCCGAAAUAGGGGUGAUGAACAAUCAUGAUUUAUGA